AUGCCACCGAAGAAGAAAGGAGGCUCGAAAAUGGCUCGAAUGAGCGAAGAAGAGAAAAUGCGGUAUCUCGCCCACCGAGCGGAAAUAGAACUCGAGGCAAAGCGACGUAAGCAACAGCUGAUAGCAGUAUUUACUAAAAACAAAUUAAAACGCGAAGAGACAUUCGCUCGCCUCAACACCGCAAAAAUCAAUGAACAAUGGCGGUUUAUUCUCCGCCAAGUAAAAUGCAAAGAAUUGUACGAGGAUCUCGAGUACUUAUGGAAGAAUUUCGAUCGAACGCUAACGCUGAAAAAUGCGAUAAUUCGAAAGUUGUACGGAGAGCUGGAGAAGGCGGACAUGGACCAUCGGCGGCUGCAGGAGGCGCACAUGGAGACCAUGGACAUGUUGAUCCGGAGGCAUCAAGUUAGGCUGCAAGAUCUCAAGGACGAUUACCUUGAGAACGUUAAGCUAGUCGAGAUCGGGGAGAUCGAUGAGAUGAAUCAGGUAAAAGGGGAAAUGAACGAGGACUGCAAGCAUCUUGAAACUGUGAUCUUCGCGCAGAAUAAUUUCAUAGAGGAUAGACUUAGCGAGACCAAAAUGAGGAAUGCAGUUAAUACGUUUUCUAUCGAACACUCGAAAGAUGAGGCAAUAUCCCAGAUAAAACGUACAGUAGGAGGUAAAAUCGACGAGCUGUGGUGCAGAUUGAACCGAGUGAUAUCGGAUUACCAAUCGAAGACCCGGAAGAAACGGAAGCAGUACGAGACCCUGAAAUCCCUGGACGACGCCCACCACCAGGAGGCCUCCCAGUUCCCUAAGCGUCAGUCCUUCCUCCUGACGACGAUGGAGACCCUCAAGACCCAGGAGACAAAAUUAUCCGAGGAGCGAAACCAUGUAAUUAACGAAUUGAAGGUCCAAUCAGAGAAUUUGAACACGAGAAUCUGGAAAUUGAGACAGGAAAUCAGGACGGACCAGGCGAUGGACCAGGUGCAGCUGAAGAAUCUGACGGUGAUGAGUGGAUCUGUGAUAAAGGACAUGAAGAAGAUCGAGGAGAAGAGUUCGACUAUUAUUUUUCUCAUGAAGAUCUGCUCUUCGUUGGAGAGCAAAACCCUUUGUCUGAAGAAAUUCAAUUUUGGGGAGAUGAAUGAUGAGAGUGCUUCGAAUGGCGUCAUGAGUCCUUACGACAAGUUGGAGAAUUUCUGGGAGCAGUACAAUUACGUAAAGGCUGAGGUAAUUGCGAUCAAGAGGGAGAAGAAUGAAUUGAUGGCGGAGAACAAGAGACUGAGGGGAUCUUUGAAGACUUAUUUGGUGACGGUUGCGAGGAUGCCGGGGUCUAGGCCACAAACAUCGGUGUAA